CCGUGGUGCCAGUCCAUCGACGCUGUGUUGGGCAUCUUGUUUCCGUACCUACAAUCAUGGAGAAUUCACAAACCAAGCGUAGCACCAGAUCGGCGGCACCUCCUGCGGUUUCCGCCGAGAUGCCAGAACUCAAAGAAGAACCUAUCGAUGACGACAUUUCCCUCGAUCACACAAGACAGGCUGCAACAGAAAGCACACAUCAGGAGGGUUUCGUAAGCAGUGGUGCUAGAGAUCCAUUUUUGGAUGAAAUGGAAAUCGGCGAGACCAGCAUUACGUUUCCGAAUGCCUUUCUCGAUGCGUUUGGGCAAGACGUCAAGACUGAACACCCAACUGCAGAGGAGAGUGAUUUAAAUGCUGAAGCCGUUGAGGCUGCUGGUUCGAGUACUGCAAAGAGAAAAAACUGUGACGACGAAGAAUCAGAAGAGGACUCAAGCAGUGCAACGAAAAGGCUGCCAAAUUCUACACAUAGAAAGCAGUACUUGAAACAAGUAACAUGGAUGCAUUUUGAACAAACUGCCGGAGGAGGAAUUUGUCGGUACUGUGGAAAGAUGAUAAAAAUGAAUCGGGGCUCAACGUGGAACCUAGCGCGCCAUAUGAGAUCGUUUCAUGCAGGAAUUAAAUUCCCCAUUGCAACCGGCGAGGAUGCAACAUCACCAAGAUCACCAACACCUACGAAUGUAUCUGUUGUCACUUCGGACCAGAAUGGUCAAUCGUCACAUGCUGAUAUUGCUGGACCGCAAUCCACGUUUAACUCAAACAACUUGGACCGGCUGUUGAUGCUUGCGUUAAUUAAAGACUGCAAUCCUUUUACCAUGAUCGAAGGAAAUUAUUUCCGGGUUUUCGUUAGUAAGCUAAACCAGCAGUACAAAAUGCCGUCAACGAAAUAUCUUACCAAUGAGUUGCUUCCCCGGGUUUACAACGAAACUGUUGAAAGCGUUCUGUUCAAAUUAAACAAGGCGGAAACAAUCUCGCUAACGAUAGAAGGAUGGACAAACUCAAACAAUACGAAUUUGAAGGCUAUAACUGCGCACUUUUUACAAGAAGGAUGUAAGCCGACGUCACAUCUCUUAGAAUGCUUAGCGUUUAAGGAGUCUACUGCUGAUGAGGAUAUAGUAGAAUGGAUUAAAAAAGUAAUCAAUAAAUUCGCCCUGAGAGGCAAAGUCGUCAGUCUGACAAGUAACCAUGUGAGCGACAUGAAAUCUGCAUGCUUGAAGCUAGGUCUUCAGCAUUAUUAUUGUUUCGCACACGGUCUCGAUACAGUAGUGCAAAACGCCAUUACCGAUAGCAUAAUGCAAACGUAUGAAAAAGUAAAACAAAUCAUUCUAGAUAUCAGACAAAGUGACGUUGCAACAAAAACUCUGCUAGAAAUGCAAGAUAGUUUGAAUCUGAAGGAUACGAAACUGAAGUGCUACAAUGCGAACGAUUGGAAUUCAACAUAUGAUAUGUUAUAUCGAUUUUGGCAAAACAAAAUUCCUGUCCUUGUAUGCAUGAACUCGUUGCAGGUUGUAACUACCAACAUGCAGCCUAACGACUGGAGUACCGUUGAACACUCCGUACAGGUUCUAGGCUAUUUUGAUGAAGCCGUCAAACAUGUAUCGUCCGAUAGCUUAGUUACGCUUUCCAAAAUGGGACUGAUUGUAAGGUUACUGCAGCAAAAAGUGAUCGAGUUUCAAAGAGAUACGAAAAACUUAAAGCCAGAUAUGCAGGAUAUGGUUUCGCGAUUGAUCAGCGGAAUUGCCGCUGGAUUAGAGCCGUUGAAAAAUGACCAGCAUGUGUUGCAGGCCAUGAUUUUAGAUCCAAGAAUAAAGCAACAGGGUCUGGAUAGGGAAAAGGAAAACUUUCAGUCAGCUUCCGAAGCGAUCAUCAAAGCCAUUUCGCCCAUGUACAUGUACUAUGAGCUUCCCUCGCCAAAGGUUCAGCAACAGAGCUCAGUGCCAACAAAUUCAAUCUUCUUCAGCUUUGUAAGUAGCUUACCGCAAGCUGAAGCAUUGAACAGUCCGAAAGCAGCUGCCAAAGCAGAACUAGAUCGAUAUCUUAAAGCAGAUAUACUAGCGUUGGAUCAGGAUCCAUUGAUGUGGUGGCACAAGGAAAAAAAUAACUACCCCAAGUUGUACGAUCUCGUGCAGAAGCGAUUCUGUAUUGCAGCGACAGCAGUACCCUGCGAUCGAAUGUAUACCAAAGCAGGCCGAUUGUACAGAGAAAAACGCUGCAAAUUGGGCGUCAAAAAUGUGCACGAGUUUUUGUUCAUUCAGCAAAACUAUGACAACGCAAAGUUGGAAGACUUAUGAAUAGUCUAUGUUAUUAUUUAAGAUUUGAAUUUGACGUAAGAAUUUGAAAUGUACUUAUUGCUAAGUAUAAAAUAAUUAUGACGAUAACUGAAACUAACUCCUGCGUUAGAUGCACAAUGUAGAGUUUUGAUAAAAUCGCAAACAUCCGUAAAGUUCCUGUAUUAAAUAAUCAUUCUACGAUGGAAUUUCCGAGCAACGAAAUGAUUGGUGGUAGGGUAAAUGUACCAAUAGUGGUACAAUUUGUAGUGGUACCGAUGUGUUUUAAUGGAUUUAAAGUGUCAGGAAGGACAAUUUCUGAAUAUUUUAACACAUACCAAUUGGAAUAUGUUUUAUCUACGCAAUCACAACUAUUUUUAUCAUGAAAUACAUCAAAUUUACGAAAAAAUACAUAUUUUUGUGACUGCUUCGUUGUACCUAUAAUGGUGGUAUGGUUCCUAUAGUCGUCGUAUUGUGUUCCUAUAGUGGUGGUAAACAAAGAUGCAUCAAAAACGGGGUAUAAUAUCAAUGAAACUUAGUUUUGAAGCUGUUUGCGUAUGAAUAGCACAGAUUACUGCCAUAAUAUAGGUUUCUUGCGUAAUUUGAUCGUAAAAAAAUGUAUAAAUUUGAUCAAUGAAACUAUUGACAAAAGUACUGCAUCACACCUGUCGUCAACCUACACCCGGAAGAGUGUGCUUGAUUUGAAGUCAAUUUUUCAUUCAGCCAUAUAAGCGAAUUUUGGCCUGUUUUUGGUAAAUUACCUACAUAAAACUCAUUUCUGUUGAUUAUUUUAGUGAAAACAAUACGACAUGUCAAAAAUAUCCUCGAAAAAAUCUAAAACGACCUGUUUUCAUUGAUUUUAUAACUAUAACCACUAUAGGAACAUGCCUGUGUUGUGUACCUAUAAUGGCACUAUGGUAAAAAAACACUUAAAAAUGCAUAAAUAUGGUCAAAAGGCAAAUAAUUUUAGUAAAACAAUAACAUUUCAUAACAAUUAUGUUGAAAAACUAGUAAUUGCGUGGUUAUGUGGUCAUUUGGAACGUUAACAGAAAAAUGAGUUUCGUUAUGAAAUUCUAAGGAUUUUGGAAAAAUGUCGACACUUUUCACAAAAUAAUGGAUUUUUCGGUCACUAAGUAAUGGAAUGGCCCCAUUUAACUUUUAAAACUUUUGUAAAAGGCUAAAGAACAUUUUACACUAACUUAAAUAACUUAAUUACUUCUGAUUUGCCGUAUGAACCGCAUUUUAGUGCAAUACCACCACUAUUGGUACUACCACCACUAUAGGUACAUUUACCCUAUUGAAACUUCCUAGUCUUAGUAUGGUUUUUAUUGCUUUUUAUAGUGACUUUUAGUCGAUUGGCCUCAUUCACCUUUUUAGUUCAAUGCAAUAAUUCUAAUCUUAAAAUCGAACAUUCUGUAUUGUAAGCCAUUUGUAGCAUGCUAUUAUCUCAUAUCGGCUAGUCUCGGUUUACUUUAAGCUAUCCGUUGAUUUUGUUAAAUUAAUAUGUCUUAUUUACAUAUGGUUUUAGGUGCAGUUCUUUAUAAAAGUUAGUAAUAAUUUAAAAAUUUAAAAGCUUUCGCUGGCAAUCGUUGUCUGGUGAGAGUAUAGUGUCGAUGCUCCUCAAUGGUCCAAUUUGCAGGCGAUGCGUUCCGUAGUACAUCCAUCCAUUCGGUUAAGCUGUGGCGGACUGCGAUAUCAACGCCACAAAAACUGCAUAGUGGAUUUUUGCAAUAAAAAGAUGUGGGUGAGCCGGGUGUGUCACAUCUGAAGUCGUGAUAGCACUCUCUGGUCUUGGUGUGAUUGAUGGUCUCUCCAUGGUGAUAUUAUGGCCUUGAUCGAAACAGCGGCCGUAUAACCGUUCCAACUAUUAGCGGUGAUGGAGUUGCUAAGGGAUUUUUUUUUCCUUUUGCCUAUCCCUUUCCAUCGGCCUCUUUGUAGGUCUUGGCCUACCUAAUUCCUAUUGGUAGCAUAUCAUAAUCUUGUUAAUGCUGGAUUAAACGAAUUGGAGUUGGUCGCUCAUUUCAACGUCUAUAACUAUAUGAGUAGCAAAUACUUGAUUUCAAAUGUAAUUUAAUUUAGACAACUAGUCGUGCAAAAUAAAAGAAAAUCCGUAAGACGCUAACGGCGAUUUCAUCUUA